AUAUGUAGAACUUUGACAACUUGAUUGAAUACUAUUUGACAAUACUAAGAUAAUAUUUUAUAAUUUUUGCAGAUGUUUCAAACUAAACUAAUUUUUAUGUUAAUGUUAACAUCAUCAACGAGUGUUAUUGUUGGACUACUAGCAAUAUUGUUUGCAAGUGUUUAUGAAGGCCAUAGUGCAGGAAAAAUGUCCGAGCUAGCCUUAAGCCCUUUAGACCCCAGUUCCUUUUCUAGGCCAGAAAUUGCUGUCGUCACAAACAUUUUCCUUAAUUUAAAUGUGAAUUUUGACAAAAAAAUUUUGUCUGGAAAUGUCCAUCUUUCAGGAAAAAAAGUGCAGGAUAAUGCUACAGAAUUGGUCCUGGAUAUUUUAAAAUUAAAUAUCAAUUCCAUUUAUGAUGUUGAUACUAACAAACAAUUAAAUUAUUCAAUUUCUGAUCCAAUUAUUGAAGAACUUGGAUCCAAAUUGACAGUAGAGCUUCCAGAGGGAAAGAUUGAAUUCACUAUUGGUAUUGAUUAUGAAACUAGUCCAGAUGCAACUGGUCUGCAAUGGUUAGAACCUAGUGCUACUGCUGGCAAAAAACAUCCAUAUCUUUUUAGCCAGUUUCAGCCCACACAUGCUAGAUCAGUCCUACCAUGUCAGGACACACCUGCUGUAAAAGUUAAAUAUACUGCAACAAUUUCUGCGCCUUCUGAAUUUACGGUGUUAAUGUCCGCUAUUCGAGGCGAAGUGAAAGAACUUCACUCUGGAAAAAUAUCACACUUCGUCCAGAACGUACCACUGCCAUCCUAUUUGAUCGCUAUUGCGGUCGGUGUGUUGGAAUCUAGAAAACUGGGACCGAGAUCCCACGUUUGGGCGGAAAAAGAAAUUAUCGAAGACUGCGCUCACGAAUUUGCCGAAACUGAACACCAACUUAAGACUGCCGAAGAAAUAUGCGGUCCUUACGUUUGGGGCAUUUACGACUUACUUGUAUUACCGCCCAGCUUUCCAUAUGGCGGCAUGGAGAAUCCUUGUUUAACUUUUGUGACUCCUACUUUAUUGGCUGGUGACAGAUCUUUGGCUAAUGUAGUAGCCCAUGAAAUUGCUCACAGCUGGACUGGAAACUUGAUCACUAAUCGUAACUUCGAACAUUUUUGGUUGAAUGAAGGUUUUACUGUGUUUGUUGAACGUAAAAUUAAGGGCAAACUAGAAUCGCCCCAAAGUCAAGAUUUUGAUGCUUAUUCACAUGUCAGCGAGUUAGAAGAAACGAUAAAUCUUAUUGGAAAAACUAGUCCAUUGACUCAGUUGGUAAUUAAUCUUAAAGGAAUUCAUCCAGAUGAUGCGUUCUCCACUGUUCCUUACGAAAAGGGACAAACUUUCUUAAGAUACUUAGAGGCCACAGUUGGUGGACCAGAACAAUUUGAGCCGUUCCUACGUAAAUACUUUGACACCUUUAAAUACAAAUCCAUUGAUACUGACGAUUUUAAAAACUUUUUCGAGAAUUACUUCAGCAGCGUGACUAAUAUCAAGGACAUAAAUUGGAAUCUUUGGCUGUACACUCCGGGAAUGCCACCAGUUAUUCCUGAUUAUGAUAAAACUUUGGCUAUUGCAGCUGAUGACAUAGUGGACAAGUUCAUCAACUGGAAAGAUGAGUCGCCAAUACCUAUAUCUGAAGAAGUAAAGUCUAAAUUGACUACUGGACAACUUAUCUAUAUUCUAGGAAAAUUAUCUGCUUCUGAAGCCCAACCAAUUAAUAAACUUGAAGCUUUCAAUAAACUGUUUAACUUAGACAAGGUGAAGAACUCCGAGAUUAAGUUCAGAUGGUUGAGAAUCUGCCUCAAAGCUCAUUGGGAAGAAAAAGUUGAUGCAGUAUUGAGUUGGAUUAAUGUUGUUGGAAGAAUGAAAUUUGUACGUCCAUUAUACAGAGAUUUGUACAACUGGGAGGCAUCGAGAAACAAAGCCAUAGAGAACUUUAAACAAAACAAACAUAAUAUGAUGCAUGUUUCAGCUUACACUUUGGAAAAGGACUUGCAUCUUUCUAAUUAAAUUUUACACAAACUUGUUAAUGCAUUUAUACAUUUUAUGUAAAUAAAUAGUUUAAAUGGAA